CGCCCGCACAACGCGUCAUCGAGCGGCGACCGGUCACCGGCGACCACUUCGCAGCUGACGCCAAACUCGAAUCGCGAAUCGCGCGCAGUCUGGUGCUGGCUUUAAAUUGGCGCUGGUGCGACGCACGUCUUCCGGCGUGUCUUCUAGACGAGAUUCGCGACACGGCGGGUUAUUGGCUCGUUACGAGCGUUGUUGCAAGGUUAUGUCCUCCUGUGACGAUAAAAUAUGAACCGGAAUGCAUGAGCAGCAUGAGAUUUACAGUCGACUAAUGAUAUCUAGACCUGUACCUAAAUGUCGAAGAGCUCUAAGACCAGAAGACAGAAAAGAAACCAAAUCUUCAAAUAAUAAUUAUCAAAGUUUACAAAUGGAAAAAAAAACUAGAAAAUCUAGACGACAAAAUUCAUCAAAUUCAUCUGAAACUGAAGAAUUAUCGAGAAAUCUAAGCACUAGUUGCGACACACAAAUUACAGAAAGUUCUAGUAACGACGAUGAAGAGGUACAAUUACAUAAUUCGCAAAAUCGUUCUAGAACUACCUCUCCGGAAAGAAAUAUUUCGGAGAGGCCAAAUCGUUCUAAAACUAUUUCUCCAGAAAGAGAUAUUUUGAGAAAAUACAAAUCUGAAAAGGAAUCAUCGGAGACACAGAAUAGCUUAAUUAAUAGCUUAAUUAAUAGCAGAUAUUUGUAUUUCUCCCUUUUCGUAAUAGUAAUAUAUAUAUUAUAUAUAUUAGAUAUAGGUUCAUUUAUAUUACUUUUAAAAAAGAAUGAAGUCACAGCACAGAAGCAAACACAGUCCAUAAAUAAUCCUACUUUACUAUUAUCUGAAUCAAUCAAAAACAUCAAGGAAACAUUUUCCAAUCAAGAAUCAUAUAUCUGGAAUGAUAUUUCAUCUGCAAUAAACGAAGUGAAAUCAAGAACUCCCAAGGUACCCUCGAUCAUUCUGCUAUUUGCAAAAGAAACAACCACAAUGGAUUGUUUAGCUACUAAAUUGGCAGAAAUGAGCAGAGAUAUUUUACAUGCAGACGAAUAUCUGACAUUUAAGCCAGAAAAUGUUGGAAACGAUGCUGGCGAGAUUAUUAAUGAAUUAAACAAACUUCCUCUAGAAAAAAAGAAGGUUGUGAUGAUUAAGGACAUAUUGAAUAUUAAUACAGAAGCAAUAAAAGAUUUACAUAAUUUAUGCGAUAGACAUAACCCGUUAGUAGCUGAAGCUGUUUACAUUCUUACUAUGCAAACCAACAAUUAUCAAUCUCAACAAAAAAAGCUGAAGUUUGUGGAAGAUCAGAUUUAUGAUAAACUAUCAAAGAGCAUCGAUCAGGAUGUUUUACAGGCACUCGUAACGCGCAUUACAGACGGGGCCAUUAUAUCGGUACAACCUGAGCCACAAAUAAGAUAUUGCUAAUUUGAAAGGAAACAUAUACAGUACCAUAGAACAUUAAUGUAGUUAUGUAAAUAACAAAGUUAGGUAUGUUAUUGUAAAUAAUAAAAUUGUUUAAAGCUAGCGUCCUAUGUGCGGUUCGUUAUUCAAAGAGAUUUGUUUAGAAACUCAGAUUUGUCGCGCUUGCAAUCAUUAGUUCGUUUAUGCUGAUUCAAUAGAACGAUUUUUAAUGAGAUGGCAGAGCGCGAAUCGUUAUGAAUCAAGUCAGUUUGUGUUUACUUCAGACUCGAUUGUAAAAUUUUGACUUAACGUUUUCUAUAGAUGUAAUAGUACUGAAGUAUAAUUGUGUCUGAAUUUUUAUUUGUACUUAAGAAUUAAUAUUAUCAUUAUGUAAAAAAAUAGAGAAAAAACCUACUAACAUUUUAUGAUCCCUUUAUAAACUUAAAUUUCUUCUUAAAACAAACGUUCUUUCUGGAAAUAUGUUUUGGAAUAAUCGUAAGAAGUUUGUAUCUCCUUAUUUUGCCCAAUUUGAUUUUCUAUUAUACAUGUAUCACACAUCACACAGAUAAAUUAUAUAAUGAACCACAAAUCUAAAUAUUAUGAAGAGUUCAUACUUGACAAAUAAACGACGAAUUUUUGUCAAUUUAUUACGAAUCGCAUAUAGUUUGAUGCUAAUUUUAGUAAUGUAAUACAAAAUAUAAAUUAUAUGGAGGAUGUACUUAAUGAUAAACGUAUUAUAUGUAUUAAAUCAUUUUUGAGAUUUUUAAGGUGUUGCUGCAGAGAUAUGUCAGAUCAAAACUGUCAGAACUAAAAAAUUAGAAUAUUUUAAUAUUAGAAAUAUUUUCUACCAUAUUUUUGCAUUAUAUAUAUAAUAAAUGAACUUAUUUAGCCAGAUACAAUAAUAUAUAUUUUUUACUAAUUUAUUUCCAUGAUAAUUUUCUUUGUAUCUGUAAUAGUAUAUAUUCUACAUUGAUAAUUAUGACAGUUAUGAUAGUCUUUAGUUGUAAAAUAAGGAAAUAUAAGAUCUAUAGAUGUGUUAAUUUAACUUUAUUUUGUUAUGCCAAUGUUACACGAAAUAAAUUUUAUUUUUAGCGAUUUUUCUCUAAUCACAAUUUCGUACUUCUAUUUUCGAAAAAUAUAACGACACUGUUGUACGUAGCGAUUUCACGCAUAUUUCCGAAUGACAUAUUUAUUCAGCUUCAAAAUAAAAUACAAUAAUUAGGA